AUGAUCUUUCACGAACGGCGUUCUUCUGAGCUGCUGCCCAAUCUUGACAACGAGACCCCUCACUUGGCCCAGGACAGUCGGGUUCUCAUCCAGUGCGGCACUUUGACUACAUCCUGGACCUUGUCGCUCGCCAUCUUCCACUUGUGCCACCGUCCGGAAACACUGAGGAAGCUACGGAAUGAGCUCAUCAUGGCAAUACCCAACGCCGAAGAUGUUGUCUCUCUUACUCAGCUCCAAAGUCUGCCAUAUUUAGGCGCUGUUGUCAAGGAGGCUCUGCGUCACAGUGUUGGCACAAGCAGUAGUAUAUCACGCAUUGCGGCAGAUGAACCGUUCGAGGUUGUCGACCGGGAUACCGGUAAGUCGUAUCAAAUACCAGCAGGCACUGUAAUCAGCAUGAGCCCAUACCGCACCAUCAUGGACGAGUCUAUUUUCGAUGAUCCACUCAGCUUUGACCCUGAGCGAUGGCUGCAGAACUAUGAAAAGCUGGAUAAGUAUUUGAUAAUUUUCGGCGGAGGUGACGAUUGUAUCUGCAUCGGCCAGAAGCUCGUGCAAGCCGAGCUAUAUUUGAUGCUGGCUAAGCUUUUUCGUCGUUGGGGCAGUGCGAGCAGAGUCCGCUCAGACGAUGCAGUUGACACACGCAAGGGGAAUGUGGUCGUGUUCGAGAUUGCUGGGACGACGCUAAGAAAUUGCUCAAUCCCCUUACCUUACGAGCAAAGCAAAGGGCUAUAUUUUCAUCUUCAAGCGUUUUAA